UUCAAAAUUUAUAUUAUUCUUACUUGCAAUUUUAAUCAUCCACAACCAUACACCUCCUCAAAUCUCUCCUCCGGCUGCCGGAAUCCUUAGGGAUGCCGUCGCGACCACCUCUCCUCCUCUUCCUCUUCUUGAUUUCUCCCAGUUUCGCCCUUGACUUCCUCUUUGAUUCCUUCAAUGCCACAAACCCUGGAGUCAUUCUCAUCCCAGAUGCCAUAGUCGACACCUCGGUGAUCAGACUCCUCAAUGACACCAACCAGUACUCCCUAGGACGUGCUUUUUAUCCAACAAGAAUGAAGAUGAAACAAACCCAGAACUCGACUACUACUCUCUCUUCCUUUUCAACUUCUUUUGUCUUUUCUAUAUUGCCUAACAUUGCUUCAAGUCCUGGCUUUGGUCUUGCUUUUGUUCUCUCUAACUGGACUAACCCUCCUGGUGCUCUUGCUAGCCAAUACUUUGGUGUUUUUUCUAAUCCGACUGUACCCUCUGUAGCUCCACUUUUAGUUGUUGAAUUUGAUACUGGGCAGAACCCAGAAUUUAAUGAUCCUAAUAGGAAUCAUAUUGGUAUUGAUUUGAACAAUAUCGAGUCUGCUAAAACCGCGCCUGGUGGGUACAAUUCUUCUGCCGGUUUUGUGCCUGUCAGUAUGGGAAAUGGUCAGAAUGUCCGAGCGUGGAUUGAAUUUGAUGGGGCCAAUUUUGAGAUCAAUGUUACAGUUGCCCCUGUUGGAGUUUCUCGUCCAUCUGUGCCGAUUCUUAGCUAUAAAAAUCCCUUGAUUGCGAAUUAUACAUCUGAGGAGAUGUAUGUGGGCUUUUCUGCUUCAAAGACUACUUGGGUUGAAGCACAAAGGAUUUUAGCUUGGAGUUUUAGUGAUACAGGUGUUGCUAGAGAUAUCAAUGUUACGAAUUUGCCCGUUUUUAGCCUACCAUCUUCGUCGAAUUCGUUGUCAGCUGGUGCUAUUUCUGGCAUAACGAUUGGUUGUGCUGUUUUUGUUAUGAUUUGUGUGUUUGUGGUUUAUUGUUUGUGGUAUAAGAAUAAGUCGAAAGAUUUAGAAGAAGAUGAGAUCGAAGAUUGGGAGCUCGAAUAUUGGCCUCAUAGAUUCUCCUAUGAAGAAUUAAGUCAAGCCACUAAUGGAUUCUCCAAAGAUCAGCUUUUGGGUUCAGGUGGAUUUGGGAAAGUGUACAGAGGAAUCCUCUCAAACAAUUCUGAAAUUGCAGUCAAAUGCGUGAAUCAUGACUCUAAACAAGGUCUAAGAGAGUUCAUGGCUGAGAUAUCGAGUAUGGGCAGGCUGCAACAUAAGAACUUAGUCCAAAUGCGAGGCUGGUGUAGAAAAUCCAAUGAGCUUAUGCUGGUUUAUGAUUACAUGCCCAAUGGCAGCCUCGAUCGUUACAUAUUCCACAAGCCUAAGAAGCUAUUGAACUGGCAACAACGGCGCCAAGUCCUUGCUGAUGUAGCUGAAGGAUUAAACUAUCUCCAUCAUGGCUGGGACCAAGUAGUUGUGCACAGGGAUAUUAAAUCAAGCAAUAUUUUGUUAGAUUCAGAUAUGCGAGGCAGGCUUGGAGAUUUUGGCCUUGCGAAGCUUUAUAGUCACAAUGAAGUACCUAACACAACUCGAGUGGUUGGCACAUUGGGAUACUUGGCUCCUGAGUUGGUAACAAUGGCUGUAGCAACAUCCGCGAGUGAUAUCUAUAGUUUUGGAGUUGUGAUAUUGGAGGUGGCUUGCGGUAGAAGGCCGAUAGAAAUGGGGUCAACUGAGGAGGAGGAUUCAGUGCUGAUUGAUUUGGUGAGAGAUCUGCAUGCUAAAGGGAAGGCGGUGGAGGCAGCGGAUGAAAGAAUGAAGGGGGAGUUUGUGGUGGAGGAAAUGGAGAUGGUGUUGAAGCUUGGAUUAGUUUGUUGCCAUCCUGAUCCCCAGAGGAGGCCUAGUAUGAGGGAGGUGGUGGCAGUUUUGGUUGGGGAGGAUGUGGCUGCCGCACCUGCUGAGUUGUUGAAUGUUUUGGCCAGUGGCGAAGGGGGCGGUGAUGAUAGUACACAUGGUGGUGAAAGAGGUGGCUCUAACACUACAUGACCCGCAGACUUAAAGAUUUCAGAGACAAAGCAAUAAGAACCGGAUUUAGGCUUGCGUUUAUCAACGAAUCAAGUUCCUGUUCUUCUCAAACUAUACUAACUAAUUUCUCAGGCUCCAGCCCAGUUAUAACUCUUCUAGUUGUUGGCCGUUUGGUGCCAUGGGGGAGCGACGCAAACGACUAUCAUGAGGAAAAGGACUUCAUGUGAUUCUUUUUUGUGGUUGCAAGCAGCCAAGUAGUAUGAUGAAAACGGGCAAAGAAGCAAACCCAGUCAUAGUGCCCAUAAUACAUGUCGCUUGAAUUACUAUGGAUAGACCAUAAGGAGACCAGGCAUCAAGGAAUUCAAUGUUCCAACUGUCCUCGAUCCUUGCUGCAAGAUUAAGAGUGAUGAUUGAACAAUAAGUGCGGGAGUUAAAGAUUCAAGGCCACACCAGCCACCAUAAGCUUCUCUCGCUUCUGUCAAACAUUUGUGUACGAAGUUUUCUGUCAGCCUUUAAUAUGAGAUUGAACAACUUGUCACUCAUGAAUUUGUGUUGAAGUUCCGUUGGUUUAAAUUAUUAAGUGAAGCUAAAUUGGUGAAGACCUCAAUUCUUGUCAAGAAA